UUCACGCAAACUUAGCUAGCAACGACCAAGUAACCAACCUUGUACAAAUUAAGAAUGUUUUCGUCUAUAUAGAUUCUUAAUUGCAAAGGAAAAACAAGGGUAGUUAUGCCACUCUCUCCGCGUAAUUCCGAACAUCAACUCACACUCACACCAACAUAACAUCACAUUCCCACACAUCUCUUAUGUAUAUAUAUUUAAGAGUGUACGUAGUGUCUUUAAAUUCUCAUAUUCUCAUGAAGAGAGACAGAGAAGAGGGUGAGUUCGACAACAUGGCUAACUGUUUGAUGCUAUUGACCAAAGUUGGUGAGAGUGAAUCUAAGGGUAGAGAUAUAAGGGAUGCUGAAAUUGGUGAUUUCAAGUGCAAAACUUGCAGUAGAAGGUUUUCUUCUUUUCAAGCACUUGGUGGCCACAGAGCAAGUCACAAGAAACCCAAGCUCAUGAUCACAGAUCUUUCCUGCCGUCACCACUUACCUUGUACUCCAACCACCAAACAACAACCUCGGAUGCACCCGUGUCCCAUUUGUGGGCUUCAGUUUGCCAUUGGACAAGCUUUGGGAGGACACAUGAGAAAACAUAGAACCGCCAUUAAUGAUCGGAGAGAUUCGGAUUCUUUGUCCAUUCUGAAGAAAUCUAAAAAUGGUGGAAGGUUGAAUUUGUGUUUGGACUUGAACUUGAUGCCAUUGGAGGAUGAUGAUCUUAAGCUCAACCUAAGAACACCCGUUCUCAAUUGUUUCAUUUGACUGCAAAUUUUUUACUUAACCACAUUCUUUUUCGUAAUUUAUUAUUGCAUAUCAACGUAUUGUAGUCCAUUUCGUAGUUUCUAUGAAAUUUAUUAGUUAUCUUCUCAACACCAAAUCGCUUUUGCCUGGGAAAUCGUUUUGUUAAGCUUUAUCCGAACAAUGUUGUAAUCUAAUCAUUCACACAGUCCUUUUA